AUGCUGUCCAUGAGCUGUACGGACCCCUGGCCGGAGGGCUCGGUGGGUCUUGAGGAGGAGGUGGUCACUGCCGCUGCCCAGGCUGAACAGUUAGACAGGAGCUCCACUGAGUACAACAGCAGCUCUGACAUUUUAGACGACAGUCUGACCAGCCUUCAAUGGCUUCAGGAAUUCUCAAUUCUCAACGCCAGUGGGGGUCAACACUCAUCUUCAUCCAGCCAUCACCAGAGUCACUUCUUCGGGAACCAAGUAGGCUCGGAUGCACCUGCAUCUCCUUUAGCCGGAGAUCCAGCGUCCAUUGGUAUGCCAUUGACCCCUGGCAAACCAACGGCGGCGGCGUUCUGCAGGGUGCCUUCAUUGUCGGCUCUACCCAGCUUGGUUGCACACGGGCACUGUCCGGAUGAAGUCGAUUAUAAGACCAACCCUCAUUUCAAGCCUCCUUACUCAUAUGCAACUCUCAUCUGCAUGGCCAUGCAAGCCAGUAAGAAAACCAAAAUCACCCUCUCAUGCAUCUACAAAUGGAUCACAGACAACUUCUGUUACUUCCGCCAUGCAGAUCCCACUUGGCAGAAUUCCAUCCGCCACAAUCUGUCAUUGAACAAAUGCUUCAUUAAAGUCCCAAGACAAAAGGAUGAGCCAGGGAAGGGAGGCUUCUGGAAGAUCGACCCCCAAUACGCAGAACGUCUCCUCAGUGGUGCAUACAAGAAACGUCAAAUGCCCCCUGUGAAAAUCAACCCAGUUCUGCAGAACCGGGUCCGGAUGAACUCCCAGACAGGACAAGUUGUGGCCACCACUGGAUUGAGUGGAAGUCUUUGUGUGAGUCCUGAGUCCCAUCAGCUCCUGAAAGAGUUUGAGGAAGCCACGAGAGCAGAUCAGAACUGGGACCCUCGUUUGGCUGAAGCCACCAUGCUUAGUAGUUGGGUCUCAGGGAAGGGCAACAAGAGGAAACAGCCUUACGCCUACAGGACUGGUGGAAGCAAAGCUUCACGACGUUCAAGCUCCCCAUUGCUGGACAUGGACGAGCAAGAAGACUUAAGCUCUCUGAAGGGCAACUUUGACUGGGACACCCUGCUGGACUCAGCCCUUAAUGGAGAAUUGAGCUUAAAUGAAGGGGUUCCUUUGAGCCCAAUCCCACAAGAUGAUGACUUGAUGGUUAGGGGCACCCAUAUCAGCCCUCUUGAAGCUCCUGGUGGUGUAGUUGAGAGCCAUGUGUUAAUGGAAACACAAAGGAGCAGCGAAGAAGACUUUGAUGAGGAAACAUUUCUGGCCACAGCAUUUCUACAGAGUUCCUGGUCAGAUGCAGAAGAAGGCAACCGUCCAGACUUCCUUUGUAGCUCGACAGUCAACAUUGAUCAACUGUUUGACCUAGGAGACUCUCUUGGAGGUGAUAUAAGCAGUAAGAUCGAGUCUCUCCUUUGAGGAGGUUAUUAGUGACACUUCAAUUACAUUGAGUCCUUUGUACCCAAACAAGUUCCAGAAC